AUGCAGCCUCCCACUGCUACGUAUUGUACGCCCGAGGGCGACUCACACGCGUUUACCGUGGUACCCGACGCCCCGCGCUACCGGACAACAGAUGGCACCACAUCUGGUCCGUCUGCGUACGUGCUACAAGCUGGCCAGAUCGACCGCGACCGCCCGAGCCCCCCCAAGCUCGAUGCACAGGGCGAGCCCACAGCCCUAUCCCGGCUACGCAUGCACCUGACCGGCCUCCAGGACGACAUUAAUUCGUUCCUGACUGCCGAGAUGCAGCGCGCGAAGAACAAGAAGCAGAAGAUUGACGACACACAGGAGCAGCGGGCCACGGGGGGCUCCACAGCAGCGUGA